CGUGCGCAGCGCGGACCGCCAAAUGGGUCGCGACACUCGCUCGCGCUCGCGGUCCGCGGGGCGGAGGAGUCGGAGGCGGCGGAGCAGGAGUCGGCACCGGAGCCGGAGCCGCAGCGGGAGCCAUGGACGGAGCAGCCGGCGGCGUCGGGAGCGUGAGAGGCGGCGCGAACGCAGGCGGCGCAGCCGGGGGCGCAGGUCAGAUUCGGAAGAAGACCGGCGGCAGAGGUCUGGGAGGCGAAGCCGGAGCCCUCGUCCGCCCCGAUGGCACUCACAGGACCUGUCCUCACAGUCUGACUCGGGUGAGGAGCGGGCACGGGGCUCGCGGUCCCCGGGGUCAUCGGCAGCUAGCUUGGAAUCUCGGAAGCGCUCUCAGAGCCCUGGGACGGCUGCCCUGGCCCUGAGCCAGCAGCAGAGCCUGCAGGAACGGCUGCGGCUGCGUGAGGAGCGGAAGCAGCAGGAAGAGCUGCUCAAGGCCUUUGAGACCCCAGAGGAGAAGCGUGCACGGCGAUUAGCCAAGAAGGAAGCUAAGGAGCGCAAGAAGCGGGAGAAGAUGGGCUGGGGUGAGGAGUACAUGGGCUACACCAACACCGACAACCCCUUUGGAGACAACAAUCUGCUUGGCACCUUCAUCUGGAACAAGGCUCUGGAGAAGAAGGGCAUCAGCCACCUGGAGGAGAAAGAGCUGAAGGAACGCAACAAGAGGAUCCAGGAGGACAACCGGCUGGAGCUGCAGAAGGUGAAGCAGCUGCGGCUGGAACGCGAGCGUGAGAAGGCCAUGCGGGAGCAGGAGCUGGAGCUGCUGCAGCGGGAGAAGGAGGCGGAGCACUUCAAGACCUGGGAGGAGCAGGAGGACAGCUUCCACUUGCGGCAGGCCAAGCUGCGUUCCAAGAUCCGCAUCCGAGAUGGGCGAGCUAAGCCCAUCGACCUGCUGGCCAAAUACAUCAGCGCAGAGGACGACGACCUGGCCGUGGAGAUGCAUGAGCCCUACACCUUCCUCAAUGGCCUCACGGUGGCGGACAUGGAGGACCUGCUGGAGGACAUCCAGGUGUACAUGGAGCUGGAGCAGGGUAAGAACGUGGACUUUUGGCGGGACAUGACAACCAUCACGGAAGAUGAGAUCGCCAAGCUCCGCAAGCUGGAGGCCUCGGGCAAGGGCCCAGGUGAGCGCCGGGAGGGGGUCAAUGCCUCAGUCAGCUCCGAUGUGCAGUCGGUGUUCAAGGGGAAGACAUACAACCAGCUGCAGGUCAUCUUCCAGGGCAUCGAGGGCAAGAUCCGCGCAGGUGGCCCCAACCUGGACAUGGGCUACUGGGAGAGCCUGCUGCAGCAGCUGCGAGCACACAUGGCCAGGGCCAGGCUCCGUGAGCGCCACCAGGAUGUUCUGCGGCAAAAGCUGUUCAAGCUGAAGCAGGAGCAGGGGGUGGAGAGCGAACCGCUGUUCCCCAUCCUCAAGACUGAGCCCACGGCCACCCACAGCCCUGAAGCUGAGGAGCCGGCUCCCAGCCCCGGACCCUCAGCGGACCCUGCAGAAGCCGAGGGAACUUCAGCAGACACGGAGGCGGAGGUGGAUGCGGAUGGCGAGGCGGUGCUGAUGGAGGAGGACCUGAUCCAGCAGAGCCUGGCAGACUAUGACGCCGGCCGUUACAGCCCACGGCUGCUUACGCCGCACGAGCUGCCGCUGGACGCGCAUGUGCUAGAGCCGCACGAGGACCUGCAGCGCCUGCAGCUGUCCCGCCAGCAGCUCCAGGCCACAGGCGAUGCGAGCGAGAGCGCUGAGGACAUCUUCUUCAGGCGUGCGCGGGAGGGCAUGGGGCAGGACGAGGCGCAGUUCAGCGUGGAGAUGCCGCUAAGUGGGCGCGCCUACCUGUGGGCCGACAAGUACCGGCCGCGCAAGCCUCGCUUCUUCAACCGCGUGCACACGGGCUUCGAGUGGAACAAGUACAACCAGACGCACUACGACUUCGACAACCCUCCGCCCAAGAUCGUGCAGGGCUACAAGUUCAACAUCUUCUACCCCGACCUCAUCCGCAAGCGUGCUACGCCGGAGUACUUCCUGGAGGCCUGUGCGGACAACCGCGACUUCGCCAUCCUGCGCUUUCACGCCGGGCCGCCCUACGAGGACAUCGCCUUCAAGAUUGUCAGCCGUGAGUGGGAGUACUCGCACCGCCACGGCUUCCGCUGCCAGUUCGCCAAUGGCAUCUUCCAGCUGUGGUUCCACUUCAAGCGGUACCGCUACCGCAGGUGACAUCCGCGGGGCAGGGCCGGCCCCAGACACCUCCCAGGGGACAGUGACAGGGACGCCUUCCUCUGCAUCUUCUGGGCGCCAGUCCCUGCCAUUCUGCUGGCCCUGGCCCCCCCAGAUCCCAGCCCAUCUGGAACAGAUUGUGACUGUUUAUCUGACAGGACUGCUUUAGGUGGGAAGGAUGUCUUGUUUCUGUUUCCACGGACUUGUUCUACCCGCGGCACCCCAUGUGGUUUUGAUACGUUUAAUAGAAAGCUUAUUCUAGAAUGG